UGAAUAAGCUGUGUGCUAAUAGAUUACAGCAUAUCAGAGUCUGCAUGCAGGAACAGUGAACUGUGAGCAGGAACAGUGAACUGUGCAGCAGUCUAAUUUAUCAUGAUGACUUUCUCAUUGAAAAAGGCUUACGCUGUAAGAGAAAUAUUAGGUAUUUGAAGAGGGAAAUUUAGGUGGAAUAAAUAAUAUUGGGAAGGAAGUGAAGGCAAACGGGAAGGUCGUUCAUUUACAUUUCCAUUUACAUUUUUUUUUACUGCAGAUCUCUUUGAUUAUAUUUACACUAGUGGGACUGAGCUGUCCCUCUUCUCACUGAAAUCACCUUUUUUCCAGAUGGCGUAAAGAUGUCAAGUCAUAGAUGUGGCUACUUCCUGGUGUCACCUAAAGCGAAAUACAGGUUGAACCAUAGCUCAGACUUCCCUGUGUCCACAGUGUUUUGGGAGCACAAUAACUAGGAGGAACAUCUGAUCCUUCCUUUCCUGCCCCAAAGAGAAGAAUAUGAAUGAUCACGUGCAUCUGAAUAAAUCUGAAAUAAGUCUUGUGCUUUCUUGCCAGUGGUCGCUCUCUCAAGGCCUAAAAGCUCCAGUGGGAUCAACAGAGAAACAUGUUAACUUCUCCUCCCUGCCAGUGAUGUUGGGUGUAACAACAGCUUGCUUCCAGAAGAGAAAUCUGAAAGUCCUCAGAAAGUGGUGACACUGAAGGGGGGAGAGCAACUGCAGAGGUGAGUGGAGCUUCCAAUAAAGGAUUGGAGAACCUAUAAAUCCAGACAAGAACAAAGAAGCCCAGAAUCUCUGCGUGAGCACUUCUGAGCUGAAGGAGCUGAAUCUGAAUGAAGUAUACUACAUCCAGUUUCCCACGUCUCCUGGGAUAGCUGGUCAAAAGACUGAAUGGAGAGAAAACAAUGGCUUUGACUGGUGAGACCUUCUUCCAAGAGAAGCAGAUAGAUGGAACAUGAGGCUACCCAGCUAGAAAAGCAGCACGUGCAUAGUGUGUAUGAAAAUACAGCUGCCUACUUUAAUGAUCUGCAGAGCAAAGCUUGGCCUCGUGUUCGAAACUUUCUGCUGGAGCAAAAGCCUGGCAGUCUCGUUGCUGACAUAGGUUGUGGAACUGGAAAGUAUCUCAGUGUCAACAGUCAGGUGUAUAAUCUCGGCUGUGAUUACUGUGGGCCAUUGGUAGAGAUUGCAAGGAAGAAAGAUGAUGAAGUUCUGGUAUGUGACAACCUUAACCUUCCCUUUAGGGACCAAUGCUUCAAUGCAGUCAUUUCCAUUGGAGUGAUCCAUCAUUUCUCAACUAAACAAAGAAGAAUCAAAGCAGUCAAGGAAAUGGCAAGGGUAUUGAUACCCGGAGGCCAGAUGAUGAUUUAUGUUUGGGCUAUGGAACAAAAGAAUCGUCGCUUUGAGAAACAAGACGUAUUUGUUCCUUGGAACAAGGCCUUGUGCUCACGGCAUUUUUCAGAAUCGAAUCAAUCUGGAGAUAAGGGUGAGUUUGUGAAUGCUGUAAAAAGCCAGGACAUACACCCUGCACAGGUAGUCAUCUCUGACUGCAGCUACCAAACCAAUCUGCAUCCAGAAACUGAUUCAAAACAUUCCCACAAUACGGACCAUUGCUUAUCCAGAGCAUGCUGCAUGAAAAUUUCUGAAGAAGAAAACAGAUUUUACAGUGCUCUAGGAAGAUCUUUCCGCUCAUGGUUUUUCUCCAGAUCCCUUGAUGAAUCAGCCCUGAGAAAGCAAACUGACAAUAUGAAGCCUCUGAAAAAUGAAGGAGAAUGGACAAACAGUACUGUACCCAUUCAGCAUUCACGACACUGCAGUUUGGAUUUAGGUCACCAUGGGGCACUGUUAAAAGAACAAAGUUUAGAUGAUGAUGAUGUGUUUGUGGAAAGCCUAUCUCUCCAAAAAACACAGUGGCCACCAGCCACAGAUACAGUGAAGAAUUUAAGUUUAAAUGGAGGACAUCAAAGCGUAGCUCAGAGCAAGAGUGAAGAAGCUUCAUUUAUAAAUGGCCCAGUGGAGGACAGGGACUACAGCUGUGGUUGUAAUAAAGAUGGUGCUGGUAAGUCUAGUCCCAGCAAGUUUUUCAAAAGAACUUCAACAACUGACUCUACUGACUCUGCUUUGGAUUCAGCAGUGUCUGUUGGGGACCAAACUGGUGCCAUGUUGGAUACAAAAGCCUUCAUGCGUUAUUACCAUGUUUUUCGGGAAGGGGAGCUGUGCUCUCUGGUAGAAGAGAAUGUGCCUGAGCUUAAGAUACUUUCUUCCUGCUAUGACCAUGGAAACUGGUGCAUUAUUGCAGAGAAAAGAGGAACGUAGCUGUAAAGAGAACAAAGCAGAAUCCAGUGACUGAGGAUUUUAAGCUGCUCCUUGUGUUCCUGUGAUUGUGCAGUGUGACAUGGAAUUGAUUCUCAUGUAGUCGUGUGCCAUUAGUUUCUGAGUUAUCUCUCUACCUAUUUAACUAUCUAAUGCAAGGUCUGUAUAUAGAAAUGUAAGUGGUAAACAAUAUUUAUGUUUUGGUAAACUUUUAUGAAGUUAAAACUGGAGAGUUUUAUAUUGCUUUUAGCAAAUAAUUGUGUUUUUAAAUAUACUUUUCUAUUGAGAAAUAAAACCUUUUUGUAAAACAAGGACCAGGUCAUCUUUUAUGAGAAAUAUCCUCUCAGUAGAAAGUUUAGGCUUUGUUCUUCAAAUGCUGAAAAUGUCUCACAUUACUGCCUGUUCUUGAAGUCCUAUAAAUAGAGACAUAGGUACAUUUUAAAACAUACUUGACUGUAUACUGCUAGGGUGCAUGCUGCAGAGCUGGGAGCAAGCAUGGUCCCAGUGCUACUUAGUUUGGAGUAGAGAUGUUAAUGGGCAAAAUCUAUGUACAAAACAAGCUCUGCAUAUUUGCUCAUUUGAGGUUUGUAUUUGGGAGCAAAUGACAGAACAAAUUUUGAACAGUAUUUUGGACUUCUGUUUUAAAAAGAAUCUAAUUUGUUUCUCAGGUGCAGGUUAAGUUUUCUGUGUUAGCUCUCACAAAUACUUUCUCUUAAUUUCCUUUGCUGUAGUUUUUCAUUGGUUAUGUGUAUAUGGAAGUCAGAGGGAUUUGUGACAGAGGGAUUCAUGAGAGUAUCAGUAUUAUGUAAAGGUUACAAAAUAUCAAAUAUUUGAGGUACAUAUAUCUUUUUGAUAAGCCUGGGAAGCGAAGAUAAAAUUAAUAACAAUCCAGUGCAUAGCUGGUCAGCUGUCAUAUUUUCUGUCCUCAUUCACUGACAUGAGAAUAGACAUUAAAUUUUGUAUCAAAUAAUGUAGAAAGGAAGAGGAUACAAGCCCAUUUUGUAUAUAAAAUACAAAUUCUUGUCUUCUGCAGCUUAAAUGAAUCUUUUGAGACCUAAAUGAUAGUAAAUUGCUUAAACAACUUUCCCAUUCCCUGUAGGACAUAAAUUUUGCUGAACAUGGUACCCUGUCAUCAUUCAGUUGUACUGGAUUUUAGCAGUUGUCCUCAUACAGUUCUCUACACUCAAAUAAUCUCACCCCUUUCAGUGGAAGGCUUAUGGUGUGAAGUUAUAUGUGCUGUGGAUAAAACGCACCUGGCUUCUGAAGAUCAAUAGUGAAGCUGUAAUUGUUACCAACAGAAGCAGGGCUAGAAUAAGCUAAUUGCCUUGUUAGCACAAAGUUAAUCUAUUUCAAGGCUUUAUUUACAGUCAGUGGUUGUGGUGUAGGGUACUUCUUCAGCUGUUGUGAUUUCAUGAUUUUAAUGGAGGCGCACAGAUUGACCCCAGGGAUAACCCUUUUGAUACAGCAGUUUGAGACCCACAUAAUUAACCUCUGCCCUACUAGUGAGCAAAUAACUUUGAAUACAAAGCAACAGGAGUGAAAUACCAAACUUUUCCAGUCUAUGCUGUGUAAGUAGAUGGAUUCUGAGUUGUUCAGUAGGAAGCCCUGAUGGUGCUCAGUAUUUUUAGAUGUAGCUACACAGGAGCAAUUGCCACAUGGUAAUGUGGUAUGGAUUUCUUUACUGGAACGAUGCCUGUAGAACAAUCAUCUUUGUCUUCCUCAUAGUUCAGGAUCCUUGUACUUUAUCCUUCCUGGAUCUGUACCACUUGCACUUGAAAGUAAAAGUGUGGUCAAAGAACCAUGCAUCUUGGACUUCUGAAAUAUUAUUCCACUCUAAAUAUUACUUUUGAUACAGCCUGGGUCUGCAGUUCUCAGUGUGUCCAAGCCAUACUUCAGAAAACUGGCAAUAUUCCCUGCAUCGCUGAGUCCAGCUGUUCCUGGCUGAGGGGCUGGUCCUUCUGCAUCCUCAAGCUCCAGUUUGAGAAGCACAGUGCAAAAAUGCCUAUGCUGGCAUUUUGCAGAGACAGCGUGGAUUGUGCUGAGCUCCACACCUCAUCUGUAACGCGCUCGUGUUGGACUGGUAAGGUCUUCCUCAUUUGUUGGGAAUUUCUGGAGGAGCUUGAGGAUUUUAGAAGAAAACUCAGUUGCUUCCAGAUAAGAUAUGCCAGUAGAUAUUCAGCACCCCUGGAAUUUGAGCCAUAUUUAGAAAGAAGGUAGUCGAUUAUCAUACUAUAUCCAAUUUUGAAAUUUCAUCCCUAAUCCCCAGCAUGCAGAAAAUCUAUUACACAUAUAUAAAAAUAUUUAUAAAAUUUUAUUAAUCUAAACUUACAUCUUAGUUAACUGGGAGAAGGAACAUUAUAAUUUUGUUAUCCGUACUUCUGCAGUUUACCUGUGUAAUAUUCAGCAUGUAGUCAAGAAGGCUGAUGAAAUUUGGGGUAAAUUAAGAAAGGAAUGGCUUCCAUUCUCUUUACAACAGAUAUUUACUGUCUUCGCAAGAGGCUGAAUAUAUGUUUCAGGCUCCAGUGAAAACUUCCUGCUCUAUCAGCUGUGAAUAAGAGCUGUCACCUCAAAGCCACUGAGGUACUUUGAACAGCUUUGUGUUUGUAGACUUUCGAUGCAUUGUUUGGUUUGGGAUUCUUGACUGGGGAUGCUUUUCAUGAUUUUUUUAUUUAUGUAUUAGAUUUUCUCUUGUUUUGAGCUGAUGCCAUUAAGUUGUGCUACAUACAAGUUUGUAUAGGAUUGUUAUAAAUUCCUGGGGGAAGGAGAGAAGAGCUUUGAUAAACCACUGUCUUUUCAAAUACUCAGUUUUCCUCUGAGGAUGCAUAAUCACCAUGUAACAUAAGUUUUAUUGAGUGGGGAUCUGUUGGAUGAGGUCAUGAAUGUGAGGUCUGCACAGCAAGCUUUUAUUCCUGUAUGUAGUCUCCCAUCUACGGAGGCUGCCUAUGUCUGUAAUGGCUUUAUCGUCUCAUAAGAAGCCAGAUUACCUCACUCAGAGCAUGGUGAAUGUCUCUCUUGAUUGGUUUCUCUUUUGAUGAUGCCCAUCUUAAGCAAAAUGUAAUUUCCAGAAGAAUCUAUGUGAUCCCAGUCUUUAAUAGCUUACAGACAAUGUGCUCAGAGAAGUGUGUAUACCAUUGAAAAGUCUGUAUCAAAUGAAUGAAUAAGUAAAUAAAACCCAGUUGUACUUGCAUGGUAAAACUCUCAGCAAUGUCCAGACUGCAAGAUCUGACUGUUGUAGGGUAAAAGGCAAAUGUGUUCUUAUUGUUCUUAUAUCUGACAAGUAGGCAAUAUUCUCACCUCAGUUAUGCCAAUAACAAACCUGCUUUUGACUGCAGUGGGGUAGCAUUGCUCCUAAGAUGCUCAUCUAGCUUUAAGUGGCACAGGGAGAAAUUUUGAUUACACAAGAAAAGAUGCCCUGUUUUUUUACAAUUUAAUUUCCUAGGAUCGUUGUCAGUCUGAACUGGCUAAAAAAGCUGCUACCCUGUUACUCUUACAGACUGUAAUCCAAAUGGCCAAUUGCAAUAAAAAGGAUACAGUUGAAUAGACUUAUUUUUGAAGGACGAAUACAAUUGCAAUUUUUGAUAAAUGAUAUUUUGUCUUUUUAUUAUAAUACAUGAAAAUAUUUAUAUUAGAAGUGCAGAAGUAUCAUUGUAUCUUUUUUUUUUUGUAUUAAUGGUGACUAAUUUACUGUCUUCCAUGCUUAUGGUGUAGGAAUUUCAAAAGCACAGGUGAGGAAUAUAAGCUAUAAAUAUUCUAUCAGAUUGUUUUCUGGUACAUAUUUGUAUACAAGUUACUUAUGUGCACAGUUUAAAAUGCUGAGUGAAGAGCUGUGUGUGUUCCACCAGCAGAAUAUUGUUAGUGAGCCACCUGGCUUGAUUCUGAAUAGAAAUAAUGGCUCUGAUCCUGUGUCCUCUUGUGCCGUGUCAUGUCUCCAUUGGACUGUAUUCAUAUCACUGUUGGACUAUAUUAGUAUUGACAUUGUGUUGAAUCUAUUGGUCUACCCACUUUCUUGCUCAGCACUUUACAGGAUUUGUGGCUACUUUCAUACUCCAGGAAUAUGAAGUGUGUCAGUGUUAAAUGUAUACAGUUGUAUAUCUCUUUUGUGAGUUCAGCAUUUCUUAUUCUUACAGUAUAUGAAUUCUGGCAGCUACCUGUGAUUUAUCUUCCCGUCUGUUGGUCAAAACCAUACUUAGGUACUGCUCUGUAAUCAAUUUUUUGUCCAUACAUGGAACCUAUUCUCUAGUAUUCAACAGAAAAUAAAUCCUACUUGGUUAAAAUAUUAUUUCCUACAGACCCUCUGUGCUUUCAGAUUAAUUAAUAAAUAUA